AUGAAGACCCUUGCAGCCCAGGCUCUCCUGCUGCUGCUCCUGGUCAACCUGGCCCUGACUAACCAUCUAGAGGUGGGGGUUUGGCCAGGAUAUCACACAGUCCAGAUGGUACAUGGAUGUUCAGUGAUGCAUGGAGGGUACUUCCGUCGCGGAUACUAUGAAUUAUUCUACGACGACUGGGAUUACAUCGCCUUGAAUGAGGACCAGAGCACCUGGACUGCGUUCGGCCAGGUAGCUCAAAUCAUCAGGUAUCAGUGGAAGAUGCAGGAUUUUUCGGAAUUGUUGAAGCCAUACCUAGAGGACACCUGCGUGGAGAAUCUCCGAGACUAUCUUGAGAAAGGGAAGGAGAUUUUACUGAGAACAGAUACCCCCAAAACAUCCAUGACCCAUAAGGUCAGAGCUGAUGGGAAAAUCACCCUAAGGUGCUGGGCCCUGGACUUCUACCCUGCUGACAUCACCAUGACCUGGCAGAGGAAUGGGAGCAACCAGACACAGGACAUGGAGAUGAUGGACACCAGGCCUGCAGGGGAUGGGACCUUCCAGAAGUGGGCAGCUGUGGUGGUGCCUUCUGGGGAGGCACAGCUAUACACAUGUCAUGUGGAUCAUGAGGGCCUGCCUGAGCCCAUCACACUGAGAUGGGAACCUCCUUGGCCCUCUGUCCCCAUCAUGACAAUUGUUACUGGCCUGGUUCUUGGAGCUGUGCUUAUGGGAGCCGUGGUGACUUUUCUGAUAUGGAAGAGGAGGACUAAAGGUAAGGAAAGGGCAGGGUCUGAGUUCAAGUCUCCAUGGGAAUAUCAAGUCCAGCUGAGAGUGUGCCCUGCCACAUGA